AGAAAAGGACUAGCUGGUAUUUGACUUCUGUUUUUAUCACUAAACAAAUGUCCUCCAGUAAUUGUCCCCAGCCUCAGCUCUCUCCAUAAAAAGCAGCCUAGGAACUUUACAACUCUGUCCAUUUAAGAAGAGACCCACUUUGCUUCCUCAGAGAGAGAGAGAGAGAGAUGGGGAGGGCUCCCUGCUGUGACAAGGAUAAUGUGAAGAGAGGGCCAUGGUCAGCUGAAGAAGACUCAAAGCUUAAGGAUUUCAUACACAAAUAUGGCACUGGUGGAAAUUGGAUCUCUCUCCCUCAAAAAGCUGGUCUGAAGAGAUGUGGAAAGAGCUGCAGAUUGAGAUGGCUAAACUAUUUGAGGCCCAACAUAAAACAUGGUGAAUUUUCAGAUGAAGAAGAUAGGGUAAUCUGCACCUUGUUUGCCACCAUUGGAAGCAGGUGGUCAGUUAUAGCCGCUAAUUUACCCGGCAGAACCGACAACGACAUCAAAAACUACUGGAACACCAAGCUCAAGAAGAAGCUCAUGGGGAUAGCAAUUCAAUCAAACCAAACAGAACCCCAACCCAUUCAAAUACCACACCCCCAGUUCCAAUCAUUACCCACUACUCUAUCCCCCAUGUAUACAGAUUUCGGUUCAAGUUACAACACCAAUCCAUUUCCAAACACUGGUUCUCUCAUUCAAACUCCAGAGAGCUUCUUCUCCUCUUCUGAUAGAAGCUACAGUCAGAUCAGCUAUGGAGGAGACAUCAAACAAGAGGAGAUGUGCUUUCAGAGCUUUAUCCCAAAUGGGUAUGAAGAAAACCAGAAGUUCAUGAUUGAUUUUGGCAACAACAUUGGAGGAGGUGAUGAAAACCUGAGUUCAUGGAAUGAUGAUCAGAAGCCAAAUGGGUAUUUUGGGAAUACCAGUUUUCCAGUAGAGUGUGAUCCUAAUAGUUAUGGGAGCAACGGCUUUUCCUUGUUCAAUGAUGAAAGCAGGACACAGCAGAGGAGUUUGUACUAUUACUGAUAUGAGUGAUUUGUAAGUAAAUGUUCAGAAAGAUUUGAAGGGGAUGGAGUGGUUGGGGAGGAGAUUUUCAGACAAAUUGACUUUCAGUUUCUGGGGGUUUGUGGUGUGAUGCGUACAUAAAAAUGAAACAAAAACGUUCUUCUCUUUUUUUC